AUGGGAAAUUCAGGAAUACGAAAAUUAUGGUUUUUAGAUUCUCCUGUUGAAACUCCUUAUAAAUCAAUUCAUGAAAUUGACGUUAUCAAUAUUAAUAAGUCUGAAGAAUCACUUUCUCAAUAUAAGGGUUAAAAAGUUUUAAUAGUGAAUGUUGCAAUAGAUUCUCCUGAAUUGAAUGAUCAAUUAAAUUAUCUAAAAUCUCUACCUUAUUAAGUAUUACUAUUUCCAAAAUGUGAUCAUAAAUUUACCUAUUAAUAGAUAGCUGAUAAAUUAUAAGGAUUCAAAGUCUUUUAGAAAGUGGAAUUGAAUGGAUAAUUCACACAUCCAUUAUUUAAAUUUCUAAAAAGACAAACUCCUCAACUCUAUGAUGAUAGAUUAGCUAAUGGAAAACAAAUUAAAUAAGAUUUCUGUAAAUUCCUGAUUUCUGAAGAAGGUUAACCAAUUAAGUAUUUCCUGCAAAAUGAGAAAUUAUGAAUUAUUUAUGUAUAG